AUGGUAACCAUGGCUACAAGCGAAGAGAAGGAGAGGGAGAAGGAGCAGCUGGAGCCGCACGGAGCAGCUGAAGCCCGGGGCCGACCGGAGGCGGGGUUCAAGGGCGCCAACGGCAUAUUCAUCGACUACAUGUCCCGCAACGCUCGAAGCAAACACCCAAUGAUGCGAUGGCUCCUGGCAGACCAGACGUCCAGGCAGAAGAUCGCCCAGCAGGUCUCCAAGGGCGAGGUCGGCAAGAAGACGCUCCGGAGCUACAAGGCCGCUCGGAGCAUGGCCGGCUCCGGGAAGCAUGGCAGCGUCUACUUCGGAGGCUUGUCCCGUGGAGACACCCCACCGAAGGAGAUCCCCACGCUGGGGGCCGCCGGCGGACGGCCCCGGGUCUCGGAGAUGACCGAGAAGGAGCGGCUGAAGGACUGUCCCUAUGCCCGGGACGAGAACGCCAGAGUGCUCGCCAGGCAUGAGUGCAUGAGCCGCGAUGUGAUCAAGAAGUCGGACGUGCCACCAGGCCCGGUGAUGUUCAACAAAGACUACGACCGGUGUUUGGUCACGGAAGAUCUGGAGCGUGCUCAGCCCGUGUUGUCGCAUCCAACGAGCCACACGGGCAUGCCCAUCCCCUGGAAGUGGGUGCAAAAGCCCGAGCUGGAGCCGAUCCCCAGGAGCAGUCCCAAGGCGGUUUACCCUCCGCUCCGACGCCGAGUGCAGGACUUGUCGCUGCGCACCUCCGACAUCGACUAUGCGCAGCCCAAGAAGCCGACGAUCCGCCCCAGGAAGCGGUCCACUUGCAUUGUGGAUCUGCUCACGACAAGCUAUCAGUUUGCCUCCUCCGAGGUGCCCCCGCAGCCUCCCUACAGGUCUUCGGGCCGCUGCCCGACGGAGGUGAGCGACAUCGACGGCUGCUCCGUGCGACCUCUGGUCCCCGUCCGGCGGCACUAUCGCAACUUGGUUUCAGCAAGCGGGCAUGCUACCAGCCGCGGGAAGAGCUGGGACCUAGGCGAGCGCAGCGGCGCAGCUCGGCUCUUCUUGCCGAAGGCUACUAAGAACUCGCCGUUUGGGCUGUUCUCGCUUCAGGCCCGUGACCACCUUUCCGAGUCUGAGAGCAGACGCUAUGCGUCUCCACUUUUCGACUGCCGGAUCUCCCGAAGUGAGACGCUGCAGGAAGGCAGGUUUUCAAUGGGAGUCCUUCGCUUUGAUGUUGUUUCGAGUCGAGACUCUUCCAAGAUGGGAGAUGCUGAGAUGCUCAGUCUGCGCACGCGGAAAACCGGACGGCGGCGCGGAAGUCCCGCCGUGGAAACGGAUGCCAGGGAUCUGGUGAACUUUGAGAGGCUCGAGUGGAAUCUCAUGGACUUGCUGACGAAGUUCUGGAAGUCCAAGAAGCAUCCUCUCUGGGUGACUCCGAGAGAUGCUCUGCAGCAGAUCGUGCGACGCACCCCGUCCGAGCGGGAGCUUCUGCGAAGCCCAAGGAACUUAUAUAUAUAUAUAUAUAUAUAUAUAUGUACAUAUAUAUAUAUACAUAUAUAUAUAUAUAUAUAUAGAUUAUAUAUAUAUAUAUAUAGAUUAUAUAUAUAUAUAUAUAUCUUUGCUUUGUUCUUUAUCAGCUUCGGCAUUGCAGGUGUGAUGUGCUGGUCUUAUGCUUAUGCUAAUAUACUAUACUUGUAG